CAAUUCCAACACUCACGGCUGAGUCUGGACAACUGCACACUGGCGCACAGUUUUCAUGCGCAAACACAAGUGAAAGAGAUGAUGACAUGACGCGCGGAGAUUUAUCCUGCAGCUGAUACUGGCUCGGAGAACAACUUAAACCCUUGCAAGUCGAGUUGGGAAAGUCGCAGUGCGUUUCAUCCAUCCGUUUCCUGGUCCAAACUUGACGUCUAUCCGCUGUGGGCGCAAACUUCAUCACUUCAUUUUUUUUUCUCUUUGCUGGGAGUUGUGCCUCUGGCUUCACCGGUAAGCAUUGGAUCCAUCGGCGUACUGCGAAACUCCGGUCUACAGUCCGGAUCUGUGCCCCAAUAUGAUUGCAACGCAAGCAAAGCUGGUUUACCAGCUCAAUAAAUAUUACAACGAAAGAUGCCAGGCGCGCAAAGCGGCCAUCGCCAAGACUAUACGAGAGGUGUGUAAGGUGGUGUCGGACGUGCUGAAGGAGGUGGAGGUCCAGGAGCCCCGUUUCAUCAGCUCGCUGAGCGAGAUAGACGCGCGCUAUGAGGGCAUGGAGGUCAUCGCGCCCAACGAGUUCGAGGUCGUACUUUACCUGAACCAGAUGGGAGUCUUCAACUUCGUGGAUGACGGCUCUCUACCGGGCUGCGCGGUGCUCAAACUCAGCGACGGCCGUAAGAGGAGCAUGUCCCUGUGGGUGGAGUUCAUCACCGCCUCCGGUUAUCUGUCGGCGCGGAAGAUCCGCUCACGCUUCCAGACGCUGGUAGCCCAGGCCGUGGAUAAAUGCAGCUACCGGGACGUGGUUAAGAUGGUGGCGGACACGAGCGAAGUGAAACUGCGUAUUCGGGAGAGAUACGUGGUGCAGAUCACCCCGGCCUUCAAGUGCACGGGCAUCUGGCCUAGAAGUGCUGCUCAGUGGCCCAUGCCUCACAUCCCGUGGCCCGGGCCGAACCGGGUAGCGGAGGUGAAAGCGGAGGGUUUUAACCUUCUCUCCAAAGAGUGCUACUCGUUAACGGGAAAACAGAGCUCGGCGGAAAGCGACGCCUGGGUCUUGCAGUUCGCCGAGGCCGAGAACAGGCUUCUGAUGUCGGGCUGUAGGAAGAAAUGCCUCUCUAUUCUAAAGACUCUCCGCGACCGACACCUCGAGCUACCGGGACAGCCGCUCAAUAACUACCACAUGAAGACCCUGCUGCUGUACGAGUGCGAGAAGCACCCGCGGGAGACUGACUGGGACGAGUCGUGCCUCGGCGACCGUCUGAACGGUAUUCUGCUGCAGCUCAUCUCCUGUCUGCAGUGCCGCCGGUGCCCGCAUUACUUCUUACCCAAUCUAGACCUGUUUCAGGGUAAACCACACUCAGCCCUGGAGACAGCGGCCAAACAGACCUGGAGACUGGCCAGAGAAAUCCUUACCAACGCUAAAAGUUUGGAUAAACUGUAAGAUGCAAAAGGAGGACAUUUUAUGUCGGUGAAUAUUAACGGACGCUUGAGAUCACAACACUGAAAGUGGAGAGAAUGUGAUCAUGGUGCUCUCCGAGUAGUGAAACCAAGAAAAUAAAAGAUUAAAAUAAAACUUUAAAAGAAAAAAGAAAAAAAAGAGACCCCGAAGCAUUUGCUUUUGCCAAGGCUCAAACGGGACAUUGAAGGUACAUUUUAAACUAAGUGUAAUGAUUUUGUUGUUUGUUUGAACUCUUUUCACAAAGUGAAAAUUUUAUUUAAAUAUAUGCACAAGAUCUUUAAUUGCGAAUUACAAAAUGUAGCGUGCCAAGUUCAAUUUUUUUCAUGAUGUGAUCAAAAAUUGAAACGUGUAAUAAAAUCAUGACACGAUGAAAUUUAAACUUGACAUUUGUCAUUACUCAAUUAAAAAACUCCUGGCGUUAAUGGGACUACAAUACAUAAGCUAGAUGCAUAAAUAUUUAAGCAUAUAGUUUUGGGAUUUGUUUUCGCUAUUUUAACAAAAGCAUAGCUAAAAGUAAUAUUAGGGCAGUGUGUAUUUGUGGACGGAAUAUUCAGUUUAACUCUUACAAAACGAAACGCAGAAAAUACGCGUGGCCUGUUGCUGUAAAAUACAUAAAAUAUUCAUUAAACAGUCACUAGCAACAAAAUAAAGAUUGUGGUAUUUUAAAAAUAAUAGGAAUAAUGGAUCGCACUUUGGUAAAACAACCAAAGCCACUUACCCUUUUAAAUAAAAUGCAAAAAUAAAACGUAAACAGACGAUCUCUCACAUAAAUCAACAGUAUUAAUUUUCACAGUUUAAAAACCAAUUCAGCACUAUAUAAAAUGUUAACUUUUUGACUGAAUAAUAAAGGCUAAUGCUCUGGAGUAAAGAAUUCUGGUCAUUACUUUGGAAAUCCCCGUUUUUUAAAAAAGAAAAUGUUC